AUGUCUUUGUCUUAUAUGUGUUCAACCAUCACUGUAGCAGAACAGUCAACCAUCACUGUAGCAGAACAGUCAACCAUCACUGUAGCAGAACAGUCAACCAUCACUGUAGCAGAACAGUCAACCAUCCCUGUAGCAGAACAGUCAACCAUCACUGUAGCAGAACAGUCAACCAUCCCUGUAGCAGAACAGUCAACCAUCACUGUAGCAGAACAGUCAACCAUCCCUGUAGCAGAACACCCAACCAUCACUGUAGCAGAACAGUCAACCAUCACUGUAGCAGAACACUCAACCAUCACUGUAGCAGAACACCCAACCAUCACUGUAGCAGAACAGUCAACCAUCACUGUAGCAGAACACCCAACCAUCACUGUAGCAGAACACCCAACCAUCACUGUAGCAGAACAGUCAACCAUCACUGUAGCAGAACAGUCAACCAUCACUAUAGCAGAACACCCAACCAUCACUGUAGCAGAACACCCAACCAUCACUGUAGCAGAACAGUCAACCAUCACUAUAGCAGAACACCCAACCAUCACUGUAGCAGAACACCCAACCAUCACUGUAGCAGAACACCCAACCAUCACUAUAGCAGAACACCCAACCAUCACUAUAGCAGAACACCCAACCAUCACUGUAGCAGAACACCCAACCAUCACUGUAGCAGAACACCCAACCAUCACUAUAGCAGAACACCCAACCAUCACUGUAGCAGAACACCCACCCAUCACUGUAGCAGAACACCCAACCAUCACUGUAGCAGAACACCCAACCAUCCCUGUAGCAGAACACCCAACCAUCACUGUAGCAGAACACCCAACCAUCCCUGUAGCAGAACACCCAACCAUCACUGUAGCAGAACACCCAACCAUCACUGUAGCAGAACACCCAACCCUUUCUGAAGCACACCAACCAGCCAUUCCAUAUUAUUUAUACUAUAAGAGAUAUAUAAUACCUGUCCAUUAG